CUUCAAUAAACUCAACAAAAAUCGAGAAUUGUGUAUCCAUAGCAAAGAUGCUUUUAAAGUGGCUGCUGUUCAGCCUGUGCAUAAUGCCGGCCAUGUUCAGCAAUACGAGAAGGAAAUGCCCUGUAGAAUGCAGUUGUAGCAUUGAUGAUUUGGAUCGCUAUCAGGCCAUUUGUACAAAAGGCGGCCUGAGCUCUUUAUCCUCCAGUCAACUGGAUAUUGACGUCAAGGUAAUCAUAAUACGUGGACCACGUAAUUCGAUAAUUAUUGGACCGGCACUGCGUCAGUUUAUGCAGCUGCAAGUGCUGCGCAUUACGGACUCCAAUCUACCAGCGAUUGGGCCAGAGUCCUUGUGGGGACUCAAAUAUCUGCGCAUAUUAGAUCUGUCGAAGAAUAAUAUAACAAACAUUACUGAAAAUAACUUUCGGGGUCAGGAUAAUCUACAUGAAUUGGAUUUAUCAAAAAAUAAAAUCCUACGUAUGGCCAGCUCAACAUUUCGACAUCUGACGGAUCUGCGACGUCUUAAUUUGGCCGAUAACUCAAUCGUGGAGCUUGUACAGCGCAACUUCUUCAUGCUGAACAGACUCAAGUACCUGGACUUGAGCGGAAAUCCGUUGCAGGACUUACAGCCGGAUGUGUUUCGCGAUGUGCCCGAGAUGAAAGUACUGAAGUGUCGCAAUUGCCAACUGAAAAAAAUCAAUCCGCAAUUGUACAAUUUAUUGCCGCUUUUAAGCGAAUUGGAUUUGGGACGCAACGAGUUCAAAUUCCUUGACAAGGAGGAAUUUCACGAUGUGAAGCGUCUCACAAAAGUUUUACUCGAUGGCAAUCAAUUGUCUGUGGUCGUCGACCAACUCUUUCGCAUGCAGAAAAGUCUUAAUCACUUGGAUUUAUCGUAUAAUCGCUUGGCCAAAGUGCCAAAUGAUUCGUUUCUUCAGUUGACCAAUUUAACAUUUUUGGAUCUAUCCUACAACAAAUUGGUGCGACUUGAACCACAGUCGGUCCGAAGUUUGGGCAACUUGAGAGUCUUAAAUAUCAGUGGAAAUGUUCUCAUGGAUUUAAGAGAUAUGCACGAAACAUUCGAUCUUAUUCCAGAUCUAACGCAUUUGGCAAUUGCGGAUAUGGGUCACUUGCCAGUGGGAUUGUUAAGGCCUUUUCGGCAAUUGCGCUAUUUGAAUAUUUCGGGCAAUUCUUUGGAUAACAUGGCAUUGAAAGUUAUCGAUCCGUGUCGAGAGCUAGAGUAUUUGGACUUAUCACGCAACCAAUUAUAUGGCAUCAAUGCCGAUACGGCACUACGAAUCCAGGGUAUACGUAAUGUGCGACUCGACAACAAUCCAUUGAUAUGUGACGAGUGUCAUAUGGGAAAAUUAAUAAAGGUUGUGCGACAACUGCAAUGGAAGUGGGAUACAUAUCCCAUUUGCUUUUUGCCAAAAAGUUUGCGUGGCGCUGAAAUAAUUAAUUUGGACAUUGGCGGUCUUCACACGUGCCUCGAUUACAUCAGCGACGAGGAGCAAAAUGCGGCAAGCACUUCAUAUAAUUUUCUUGAGCAUGGUGGCCUUAAUACCUUGGCCAUUUUGGGCGGCAUCAUCUUUGUGCUAAUUACUGUCAUCAUAUUGUCACUUGUCGCCUGCUUUUCUAAGAAUCGAGCACGGUACUAUACGAGAGAGGAUCAUCUGACUGGCAGCGAUAGCAAAUGUUUGGAAAAGAAUUUGGAAACAACCACAGUAACAACUUUAGGCAAUGGCGGCUCACCGACAACGACAACCACACUGACACUAGCCACAUCGCCGGCAGCGAAUGCGUCAACAUUGAAUGGCACAACGAACGGUCAUAUCCAGAGUCCUUCCAAUGGAAAUACACCUUCACAUGGUUUGCAAACGUCCCACGAAAAUGACAAGGAAAUCAACUUUAAAUUUCCCAUUGACGAUCGCGUUUGUACUAUCGAUGAACUGGUAUUACCGCCAGCACCACCACCACCAGCUGCGGCAGUGGCUCAAGUGCAUCAUCAUCCCAGCAUGGGCAGUCUAAUGUAUAGCGUAUCCCAGGCACCUAGUAGUGGGGCAAGUUUGGGGGGUACAGCCACAGUGUUGGCUGCUGCAUCGGCAGCUGCAACUGUGAUUCCUCCUGGCGCACCAUCGCCGAUGCCAGUACCCGCUGAGGCUGUGGUUGUAAUGCUGCCACCGCCGCCACCGCUGCAGCAUCAGCAACAACAACAACAACAACAGCUACAAUACCAACAACAUCAACAGAUGGGCAGCUUGGCAAGCUUGCGCGAGGUGCAGCAGCAGCUGGUGCAUUUGAGCAGCACGCUGGAACCGCUGGUCAGCGUUAACUGACCCAGGGGCAAAGUAGCAACCGAUGGCGUAGCCACGGCAACAACCACAGCAUCAGCGGGUAAGUUUGCCAAGCAAACAGUGAACACGACACCGACGUAAGCCACAGGAGACGUUACAGCCCAGUUUAAAGCUGAGAUGCGGCAGACGGGGCGUAUAAUUAAUGACAGUGCGGCGGUAGCAUUGUUUUUUGGGGUCAAA